AUGCCUUCGCGUCGUCGGACUCGACGUGCACCACGCUCUACACGCGUCUACUCACGUGCAAAGCGUUCUUCCCGCCCAAAGCCCAAGGUCAAGGUCUCUCACAAACCCAGGCUCGUGCGCCGCUAUGUACGGCGGAAGCAGGACGACUCCAAGGCUCAUUCUAGCAAGCACUCCAGCCCUCCGAAUCUCUCGGGCCAGGAUAAACCGAGGAUAUCCAACCCCGCCCUGAAGUCUGCUGGCUCCAACCCGCCCAACAACGCUUAUUCCAACGGAAAAACUGUCAACCAACACCCUGCAGUCGACGAAAUCACUGCUGUCCCGAAUCCCACUCCUGAUACCGGGAUCACCCCAACGACUGCUCUAGGUGCUGGCUAUCCUCUUUUCGGUGCUCUCAGCGAAACUUCUACGUCAGGUCUAAUCAUCCCGUCUACUUCAAGCUCGAAUUCGUCUCAUUCGCCUACACCACCUAUCUCGUUUUCUGCUCUUCCUCCACUGCCGUCGCGAGCUCCAUCGUCUACUGUCUCAGGAGAGAAUCGGGAAGUCUCUUCGUCUGCUUUCCUUCCUAUUGAAACUAGUCCUCCUAAUUCUAGGCCUCAGGCUAAUGCUGCUCAGGCACACCAGGUUAAUGUCGCAGUGAUCGUUCUUCUGGCGGUUGGGUCGGCUCUUCUCUUACUGGGAGCCUGUAUAAUGAUCAAGAUGUGUACGAGACCUAGGCGCCAACCUCGCCCGACGCCUUCUCUUCCUAUUCUCAAGGACGUCGAGGCCGAUGAGGACUUCUUUGAGACUCAAGAGUCACCCAUAUUUGGCGGCAAAGAACGUCUAUCACCGAUGCCGGGCGUAGGUGGACCAACAUGGGCUUGGGUUCAAUACCCGAAUCCCAGGUCCAGCCAGAGUCUUGCGCCUCCCCAACAAGAGUAUCACACAGCGUCUCGACCUGUCCCGGAACUACAGACUGCAUCUAUUCCACAAAGUACUACCAACCAAAUGUAUGCCAACCUACCAGCCCAACCAGCUAUCCAGCCUAUUCCAACAGCAGUCCUGCAUUCGACCAAAAGACAAUCUAUCGCUUCGAUGUACUCUCCUGUCACCAACCCUAAACGCUCCUCCAUGCGGCAAGAUACGGUGCUGACCGCGGACGGCCACGAUUUUCUGAAGCGCUCCAAAUCCAAGAAUUCUCCGCGACGAAGUCAGCUGGGACUUGACGAGAAGCAAAAUCGGGAUUCACUGGUCUCCUGCGCUGGGCUCGCAUAUGACGGAGGGGAGGCUGACUCUCCGGGCCCAGGCGAAUAUGUCCACACGCAGCAAACACCCGUUCUGAGCCAAAGCUUCGAAGGAAGGGCGAGGAUCAGAUCUGGCUACUUCGCAGCCGGAACAUAUCCUCGUAUCUCGACUCUUCCUAGUGCAUCAUACUCGAUAGCCACAGCGACCAGGAUCAACGUUGGUCAGAGGAACUCCUUCUCCAAGGACAAACUAGCUCUGCAGAAGAGGCAGAGAGACACGGAGGCACUGGCAUACGCUCUGGGACUGGCAUCUCCAAGGACUGAGUAUGUUGCCUCCAGCCCUCAGCCGACGUUGUAUCCAGACGACUCGAUGUCCGUUGUUGACACAGCGAAACGACACAAGAAGCGGAACCUGAGCGAGAGACGCGCUAUCGAGGCAGUUCCGGACGUGCCAGUAAUCGUGCCAACCGAGAAGGCUACGAGCUCAUUCAUGACCAUGGAGUUCGGGGUGAGCCAGAUGUCGUUGUCAGCAUUGGCUCUCGAACCUGCAUCUGAGGGAGGGACCGGCCGUAUGGACGGUCAUAGGGAGCCCGAUAGAAUGGACGCGCAGUUUAAUGCGGCGAGCCAACCACCUUCGUCGCGUCAUGCGGACAAGCCUCCCCGUGUCCCGUCGCCGCCACCGCUUCUUUCGUUGACGCAGAUGGGGCUCCAGCAGCACAACCCCGAGGCGUUUGCAAGCUACAGAAGUCCGACGUAUAGUUUGUACGGGUUGUACGAGGGGCCAGACAGAAAGAGUUUUGUGCGGUGA